CUCUGUGCAUGUAGUGAAAUGGCUGAAGCCAGAUUUUCUCAUGACCAGUUCAGCUGUUCAGUGUGUCUGGAUUUGCUGAAUGAUCCAGUGACUAUUCCCUGUGGACACAGUUACUGUAAGAGCUGCAUUAAACACUGCUGGGAUCAAGAGGAUCAGAAGAGAGUCUACAGCUGCCCUGAAUGCAGACAGACCUUCAGACCAAGACCUGCUUUAAAGAAAAGCACCAUGCUGGCUGAAGUGGUGGAGCAACUGAAGAACACUGAACACAAACCUGCUGUUCUUGCUGGACCUGGAGAUGUGAAGUGUGACGUCUGCAUUGGAAGAAAGCACAAAGCUGUCAAGUCCUGUCUGGUGUGUCUGAACUCUUUCUGUCAAAAUCACCUUGAACAACAUGAGAAACUCUUCAAAGGUAACAGACAUGAUCUAAUGGACGCCACUGGAUACCUUAAGAAGAUGAUCUGCAGUAAACAUAAAAAACUGCUGGACAUUUUCUGCCGCUCUGACCAGAGUUGUAUAUGCAUGCUCUGCAUGGUGGAUGAACACAAAAAUCAUGAUACUGUAUCAACUGCAGCAGAGAGGACAGAGAAACAGAAAUACUUGGGUGAUACACAGAGAAAAUUCCAGGAGAAGCAGCAGCGCUGGUUUAGUUAA